ACAGUAUAGUCAAUUGUUGAUUCGGAACGACUAAAAAAAUGAGGAUCUUAAAAUUAUUGUGGGUGUUUGUACUGUUAUGUAAGACCACAACCGCUUGUAAAGACAAACCAAACGAUAAGCAAGUUAGCUUCAGUGUGGAAAAAAUUUGGCAAAGUUACCGAAAGAAAGGCCAGAUUUGUUUGUGUGAAGAUGUUUCGUGGAAACAAGAUAUUCAAAAUUACUAUAACGGAUGUAGAACAGCUACUUGGGAAUUCCGUGGAAAAGCGUACUGUCUGGCCGACAGCGUGGUGAACUCAUUAGAAGAAUUCCUAACGAAAUUGAUUUUUUUCACUAAUUCCAACUCAACCAUAGUGACAACCAGUUCUACAACAAUGUUAAACACGUUGAGUAAAUGUAAAAAGCUUAAUCGAUCCGGGAUGAAUAUCAUUUUUGAGUUCCAAAAAGUUUUGCCAGCAAUAAUCAAAGAUUUCAAUGAGGUCGCUACGAAAUUGUCGAAUCAUAUUGGUGAGCUGACAUCUUCUUUUACAAAGGUCCUGGGCAGUCUCGGUUCCGUGUUUACCAAUUUUAUGAAAGAGUUUCUCGAAAAUUGUCGACUGUUUAAGUGCGAAAAACAAGUGGAUUACAAGCCUGUUUUGAAAAAAUGUCAGAAACUUAUGAAUACUGUGGCGUUAAUUGGGGAAACCUUGCUGAACGAAUGCGAAGCGGAAGCUACCCAGGAAGUGUAUGACGCAGUCUUAGUUUUGGAUUUGAUAUGUUUAUACAUGGCGAUUGCGGUUCCAGGAAUCAAUAGCUGCGUUAUGGAUGUGCUUUACGAACACGAUUAUCCCAUAUCGAAGUACGUCAAGUCAUCCGCGUUAGUAUUCGACUAUGCACUCGUAGAAUUAACCAAAGCUGUAUCUGCAAUCGUUUUUCCAAUAACAAAAACCGUUCAAAAUCUGCUAACGGUUUUCGUCAACAUAACAAUGAGCUUAAAUAAGUUGGCAAUAGACAUCCUUGGAUUAUUCGAUGGUGUGGAGAUAACUGUUGGCGAAAUAGUCAGAAACUUAGUGAAAGGUGGUAGAGUCACCGUAUCUGCUAGUAAGGGAAAAAUUAACAUCUUGAAGGGAGUCACCAAAUUUUUAGGAUAAACUUGAAAUUUCAUUUUACUUUAAGAUAACCGAACAUACCUAAUAAGCUAAAAAAAAUAUAGCUAAAAAUGUUAUCAACAAAUUAACUGCGAGCAAAAUUGUGCUAUUUUCACCUGAAACAAGUUACAACUUCAAUACAGAAACACUUGCUUAAACACCGUAUAUCUUAAAUAAAUAUUGCUGCUAAAUUCAUUGUUUUUUCGCGGUUUUAAAUAAUUAGGUCCAAAAAUAGGCUAUGAUAAUAACUCAAUAAAAUUAAAACGAAUUAAA